AUGCCACCCUCGGGCCCCUCUCUCGUAGCCUCGUAUCCCCCAGAGCUCCUCUCCGCCAUAUGUGCGCAUAUAUUCGCCGCCGGAAUACCCCCUUCCAUCCCGUCGCUCGACCCUCUGUUAUGUUCGGACAAUUCUGUCCCGACCGCUUCUCCUUCGUCAUACCCUUCUGCGCACUGGCAAGAUUCUGUCAUCAGAAAAACUCUCGCAAGCUUGUGCACCGUCAACAGGGCCUGGUCCGAGGCGGCCAGACCCUGGCUAUGGCGCAAGAUUGAAAUCCGUCUCCCACACAGCUGGCUAUCUCUCGUAGACCAGAUUGCUGUCCACGACGACGAGGAGCUCGACCAAGACCAGGCCGCGCUCCUUGUUGAUCAGACCAUGCAACAAGUCGAGAGUGCUGCGCUCGCCACAAAGGAUGCUUUCGGCGACUUGUCCGACAAGACCGCUGCCUUCGAGCUGCAUGAAAAGGUGCUCGAGCAAUUGAGUGGUCCGGACGGGUCCAUCCCUCCGGAGUUGCUGACUCCUCUCGCCAGUCGUGAUCCGAGCCCGCGACGUCUCCGACACAAGAGUAAGAGUCCCGUCCGCUGGCAGCUCUUGCGCUCCAUCAGCGAUGCUGUACGAAUCAUUAUGGAGAACGAUAUGCCGGGGCUGUAUGUGCCGGAGCCGAAUGACCCGCACCCAGGCCGUUUGGUCCGUCACCUCGACUUCAACUAUUUCCGGACCAUCGGCAUGAGACGCUCUAUUGAAGAAGGCGUCAACAAUCGCUUUGUAACUGGCGACCGACUUGAGUUGGUGCUCAAGGAAAUGCCGUCUCUCUUGGCAUUUGGUGCCACAGAAUAUAUGGAUGGCGCCCUCACAUACCCCGUGUUGAAAGAAUUGUUCCUGCGAGGCGCCGUAUCGCGUGGUCGCGGACGUCCUCCACGUGGACGCGACGUCGUCAUGUAUGACCCCAACGACACCGAGCAGGAGGACAUGGAGCGGCGCCGGGAGUGCAAGGAGUUGGAAGCUAUUGACCUGACGGGCUGCGUCAGUGUCGUCUUCGUUGACGCACUGCUGCAGUUUGUCCAGAGCCACUUGAUCGACCACUCAGAUCUGGGAUCGAGCGACACCGAUGACGAAGGCGUAGAGAGGGAUCGCGGGAGAGCCAGAUCUCGCAAUGCCGUCCACGACGAACAGGACGACCGGCUCCUUCUGUCUGGUCUGCGUCGGCUCGGACUUCGUGGGGUCAAGUCUAUUCAGUCCCACAUUCUCAGCUCCUUCGUUCUUGCCUUCCCGUCCCUGACUCAUCUAGACCUUUCAUGCACCCGCGUGACACCGGAUCUUCUAGACGCUCUAGGUACGUCUCGCAUGAUCAAGCUGCAGUCCCUCGCACUCGAGCGCUGCAAUUGGCUUACCGGCGAGAGCAUCCGAACUUUCUUGGUCGACGCACCUGCAGCAAGGGGUAUCCGCGAACUGAGUCUCUACGGAGACUGGACAUACCCUUCGCCUCUCUCAGAAGACGAUCUCCGAGAGAUCUUCCUGCAGGCACCCUGCUUCCGGAGCGGCAAGCUCGUGUAUCUCGAUCUCUCCAGCGCACCGCUGUCCAGGGCAGUUCUCGCAGACUGCGAGCUGCAGCCGUGCCUGCGCUCGCUCGGCCUGUCGCACAUCCGCAACCUGGAGCUCAGCGCGGUCGCGGACUUUUUGAAGGACAAGGCGCCGAACGUGGAGGUGCUCACCCUCGUCGCGACCUCCCCCGAGCUCGGCUACGGCUCGCAGGUCGUGCCCGUGCGCCAGGCGACGGUGCACCUGCAUGCGCACCUCAUCCGGCCGCUGUGCACGCCGCCGUUCUCGUUCAGCUUGACGCCCGGGAAGAAGAGCGCGCCAGCGCCGACACGGCUGCGCGUUAUUGAGCUCGCGGUGGCGCUCCUCGCGAGCGUGGGCUCGGGCGCGGGCUCGUGGCGGGUUGUGAAGAGCAAGGGGGGGCGAGGGUGGUAUGUAGACUCUGCGAGUGGGUGGAUCGCGGAGCGGGGCUGUGAGAAGAGCGUGCUGAGGAGGGAUCUACCGAGCGACCAUCCGUGGAGGAUGGAGCUUGAGCGGUUGGCGGAUGCGAACGGGAACGUGAGCAGUGGGGUCGGGUGGCAUGCUCGUAAGAUGGAGGUGCUACACGGACACGGAAUGCUUGGACGUGAAGCUGGACUGUAUGGGGCGGUAUCCUAUGCGUACCAGGGUUAA